AUGACUAUUCUUCAUGGAAUAUUGGUCCGCAUUACAGUGUUUCUAUUGUUUGCGCAGUACUGUCAAGCAAAAACAGUGAAUCUGGAUUUCAAUGUCACUUGGGUCACUGCGAAUCCUGACGGUCUCCAUGAGCGCAAGGUGGUGGGUGUGAAUGGCCAAUGGCCUCUACCUGUUAUCGAGGUUGACAAGGGGGAUCGUCUGAUUGUGAAUAUGUAUAAUGGUCUUGGGGAUAAGGACACUUCUAUUCAUUGGCACGGCAUGUUUCAAAACGGUACCAACAACAUGGAUGGUCCAUCAAUGGUUACCCAAUGUCCGGUGGCCCCCGGCGACUCAAUUACCUACAACUUCACAAUCCCUCAAAAUGGCACUUACUGGUAUCACUGCCAUACCGACGCCUGCUACCCGGACGGCUAUCGACAGGCUUUGAUUGUACACGAUGAUCAGUCAUAUUUCAACGAUAUGUAUGAGCAUGAGCUCACCGUUACAAUGAGUGACUGGUAUCAUGAGCUUGUCGAGGACAUUCCGUUUAUUCGUGUGGAAAACCCGACAGGAGCUGAGCCAGUUCCGGAUUCCUUCCUUUUCAACGAUACUUUGAACACCAACAUUCCCGUCGAAGCUGGAAAAACCUACUUGAUGCGAUUGAUCAACAUUGGUGCUUUUGUGGCGCAAUACUUCUAUAUCGAAGAUCACAGCUUUCGUAUUGUUGAAAUCGACGGAGUAUAUGUUGACGAGCAAGAAGCUGAUAUCCUUUAUAUCGCCGUUGCGCAACGCUACUCUAUCUUGGUCACUAUGAAGAAUUCUACAGAAAAAAACUACCCAAUCGUUACCGUUGCCGAUUCAGUCUUGUUAGACGUGAUCUCGCCUUCUCUACAACUCAAUCAAACCAAUUGGCUCGAGUAUAAUAGCAGUGCGGCGCAUCCACAAGCCAUAAUGAAGGUAGAAGUUGCCUCCGAUCUUGUACCAUACGAUGACAUGAAGCUCAUUCCUCAUGAUCGGAUGGCGCUCCUCCCAGAGCCCGAUAUGACCAUCGAGGUUAACGUCAUUAUGGCCAAUCUGAACAACGGCGCUGGAUAUGCAUUUUUCAACAAUAUUUCCUACACGAGGCCCAAGGUUCCGACAUUAUACUCAGUCCUUACUUCUGGGGAUUUGGCGACGAACGAAGUGAUUUACGGAGAAUACACGAACCCGUUCAUUCUCGAGCACAACGCGGUCAUCGAGGUCAUUCUCAACAAUCAAGACGGUGGCUCACAUCCAUUCCACCUGCACGGCCACAAUUUUCAACUUAUUAGCCGUACCCCAUCAUAUGGCGCUUCUUUCUAUGAUUUCGCCGACGGUGAACCGGUCGCCUACAAUGCUACCGAGAACCCCUCGAGUAGCUUUCCGACCUUCCCUGCUCGCCGGGAUACCUUCGUCGCACCGCCCCAGGGCAGCUUUGUUAUUCGCUUCCGAGCUGAUAACCCUGGUGUGUGGCUGUUUCAUUGUCACAUCGACUGGCACAUGUCGCAGGGCUUGGCGAUGUCAUUCAUUGAAGCCCCCAGGCAGAUCCAAGAGCAAAUGUCGCUCACAGACAACGAGAUCAAUGUUUGCAAGGCUGCCAAUAUUUCCUACGAGGGGAACGCCGCCGCUAACACGGAAGACCUAUUCGACCUUGCCGGUCAGAACAAGCAGCUUCCGUGGCUCCCUGCCGGGUUUACAGCGAAGGGAAUUGUCGCCAUGGUUUUCUCUUGUGUCUCCGCUUUUCUGGGAAUGGCGUUCAUCACCGUCUACGGCAUCUCAGACAUCAAAACUAAGGACGAGACUGCUGUGACUACCCAGCGCGAUGAUCUGUAA